UCAUCUAGUAGACUAAUUUCAGCAAGCAGCAAAGAGAAGCCGCAACGCUGCAAAGUUCUUGAUUUUUAACGCAUUCUCAAACUUCCUAUUAUUUGUACUCAGAGCAAUGUUGUACGCGCUAUUACAGCACGGCAGGAUAGGAACAGUUGUCGGGACUACUUUUUGACCAAGCGCAUCCCUGUACUCGUCCGCAAUGCGCAUUCAGAGCUAGUAUCGAAAACACUAAAUACACUUGAUACCCUGGUUCAUUAAUAAUUGGCGAGAUGUAGGCUAAUCCUCUUUAUAUAGUUAAUUAAGUAAAAUCGCGUUCAAAUGUUUCAGUCGAUGAACGCACCAGGAACUCUUUUUCGCAGCGCGUUGGCGUACCAUUCAGCGGGGGUGCGCACAAAAUGCAACGCAGAGGAGAGAAAAGAAAACGAACGUAAGAAAAAGAAAAGUUACAGUAACCUCGAUGGCGGAAAGUUGACAAGCCACCGCGCCUACGAUAUCGUUGCAGCAAUUCCUCAGCAGACCGCCCUUGCCCACGCGGAGGACGCCAAUUCAUCCCCAAAAAUGGAGAACAUUGUCACUCAGAUGAGUACAGCCAUAAAUGCGCAGACAAGUCCUGCUUAACACAUUGACUUUGCUUGAAGCACAGCGGCAGUAUAAAACAAUUGAUGGGAGCCUGCUUGAGCGCGAUUCCUACAUGCAAUGGGGGCGUGGCAAUGGGCGACGUCUGCUGUGGCUGCGGCUGAGGUGGCAUGUCCAGCAGCCUGGAGGCACCCUCUCCGCCCCCACCCUCCUCCUCUCCUUCCCCGGCCCCACAGUCGGCCAUGACGGUGGACUUCUCGGCCUUUGGGCUGUCCUCCUUCGUCGGGGGGACAGACAAUGCCACCCAGGCCCUCUACCUGUUUCCCGAGGCUGCACCCUUCUCUCCCAAGGACCAGACAAAGGGUCCUUCGCCCACAUCUAGCCGAGCCUAUGACCAUGCCGGCGAUGCUAUGCUUAGUGCUAUCAAUUAUGGCGAGGACGAGGUGCUGCACGAGGGUUUUGAGGUUCCAUUUGGCUCCCUGGACGGUCUGCUGCGGUUGCCCCCUCGCCCAGCCACGGCCCCCGCCGAUCCCUCCCCGUUCGACCUCCUCGGGGACAGCGAACUGCAGUUGUCGCCGCCGCAGGCCUUUGGUGCAGCCACUCAUGUGCCGGAUUCAGGUGUAGGGAGCAGCGGCGAUCCUACUGGAGCUUCCCUGUCGCUGCCAUGCCUUGGUCUUCCAUCGGACAAGGAGCUGGGGCGGCUGUCACCGGCCCUGUCGGCUGCUGCUGCUGGCAUGCGGCCCAUCACCAAAGUGGGUGGCAAUGGCGGCAGGGCCCCCUCUGCACAGCCCUGCCCUGUCUGCGGAAAGGUGUUUGGAAACUCAAGUGCACUGACCAAACACAAGCUGACGCACUCGGACGAGCGGAAGUACGUAUGCAGCCAGUGCCACAAGGCGUUCAAGCGGCAGGACCACCUCAAUGGCCACCUGCUGACGCACCGCAACAAGAAGCCCUACGAGUGUGACGUCGAGGGCUGCGACAAAAGCUACUGUGAUGCCCGCUCCCUGCGUCGCCACAAGGAGAACCACCACGCCUCUGUGGCUCUCACCCUGGUGCCCUUCCAGGCCAUCCCGCUUCCACCGCAGUUGCAACUUGUGGCAUUUCCGUCUGAAGACGGAGGGGCCUCAGUGUGGGCUCCAGUGGGAGGCACUGGCCAGCGCCCUCUGCUGGUGGCACCACCAGCACAAGGCACAACCGUGCAGCAAGCCCCACCACCGCAACCGUCGCAGCAGGAAGCGCAGCAGCAGACCUCUCAGAGGCAACCUUCGCCUAGACCGUCAUCGCAGCCCGAAGGUCCGCCGCUUUUGCAACAGCUCCUGGAGCCAAACAAGGCAUGGACAACUGUGCCAGCGGUCCCAUAUUCUGCAGAGACAAUAAAUGAGCCAGCGCCAGGCCAUGGUGGCAGUUCACUGUCGUCUGCAUUGGACGCUGUGCCGAUGGCGACCACAGAAUGCCUCUGCAGCCUCUGCCAUCAGAAACUGACCAGCCUCUCCGAACUAGAGCAGCACAUGCGGCUCCACCAGCCACCUGCUACGACCACCACCACGCAGAGCACGGCCAUGUUCACGCAGGGCCUUCAAGGAACGUGCCAGUCAUCCAUGGAGCCUGCUACAGUAAGCAGGUCAAACAUUAUUCUACAACCAGAUGAAGUCGUCACGUCUGCUGCGCCAAGCCAACAACGCUCUGUGCCUCUGCUCCCACCUCUGAAUACGUGGGCCAUAAGACCAGCCCGCCCGUCGUUGAUGAGCACGAACAAUGAGCGCCGGCGACACUCGGACUCGGACCACUUGGCCUUCGAAGGCAGCAGUGGUCUCCUUGCCGACCUCCUACUGGGACCUCGCCGCACUGCUAGAGUGGGCUCUGACCCUGGACUUGAACCUCUACCUUCCUUCGAGCAGCUGCAGGGGUUGGUGGCAUCGUCUCGGAGCUCGCUUGUGGCAUCGCCCGAUGGCAUGCAGUCUGGCAUGUCGUACAGCGACUCCCAUCAGCACGAGGAUGUAUUUGCAGCCAUUAGCGAUGCAUUUGACGAGGAAGAAGAGAAGCCGGACAAAGACGUGUGUAGUUUUGUUGACAACCACUCAACGCACCACGGCGGGCUCUGCCGGUCUCCGGUGACGACGACCGUGGUGCAGUCCCCGGCGAGCUUUGACCACGAAGUGGUGUGCGUGUCGGACUCACCGCCACUCGUCGAAACCAAGGAAAUCAAGACUGAGCCAACUUACGAACAAAUGGACAUUCAGCAAUCUGCGGAAGCUUUAACUGUGCACAGGACUGUGGAGAUGGCUGCGCCAACGCCAGUGUCGACAAUAGUGCACUCAAACACUCCGCCGCCAACCAGGCAUCCGGUUGCACCAGAUGUUGGUAGCACUCAACCUGCCGAAGCUCUGGAGGGUGCUUUAGAGUUGAAGAAACCCUUGGAAGGCAGUGAAGAAGUGUCUUCGUGCCGAGCUGCAGAAUGUGAUGAUGACGAUGUGUUUUUAAGCCCUAUUCCAACAUGCCCCUUGCGGAGCCGACGGAAACACAGACCAGAGCCCCUGUACAUCCCACCUCACGUGAAUGCCAUUGGCUUUCCGAGCCGGCUGCGCUCUCCUCGUCUCUGGGACCCUUGCGGGGAGGCCGGGGGCUGCAAGGGAUCUGCCGGAGUCACCUCACCACCCCCGUACACUCCACCUCCCAUGCUCAGUCCACUCCGGUCAGGCUCCGGUCUCUUCUGGCACGUUUUCUCAGGACCGCGGUCAGCUGGACCGGUCACACCUCACGCUAUCACUCCGAGGGAUCGGGUGAGCGCCGCCUACCCACCACCUAGUGGCGGAGGCAGCGGUCUGGUGCCCCAGUCACCUCUGGAGAGUCCGUGCGAGGCGCCCCUCUCCGAAGAGGAGGGUGAGCUGGCUCCAGAAACGGACAUCCUUCCGCACGUCAAUGUUGGUCCCCAGUUCCAAGCCCAGUUGCCCCCUUUAGAUGCCGAAGAAGCAUUAAAGUCUGAGCACCUUGCUGACCUUGUCUGGGAUCCACGCAUUGGAGAUCACUUGGCUGACGAUGAAGUGGAGAACUACCUGGAGUUGGCGUGCUGUGCGGCCAUUCCUGGCGGGGGCCGGAACCGAGAGUAUGCCUUCCACAUUUUGGCACUCUGCCAAGGAAAUCUGCAGGCAAGUGCCAUUUUCUGACAUCAGUGCAUAGUUGGGUCACUGCCACUAAAAUUCCCAGAGCUAUGUGUGACCCACCUCCACAAGAAGAAAGGGAACCGAGGGGCCCGAUUUUUAUUAAUCAUAUUGAAAGAAGCCAACAAACCAGUUGGCCUUGGUGUC